GUUUUUCUCUUUCUUUCCUUGUGUGCAAGGUUCAUGUGGAUUCGAGUUCUAUCAUUCGUUUGAUUAGUACGCAACUAAUUUCUUUGUUAAUUCCACUACGUCAAAAACUACACUCACAUUCCAUAGAACAAAAUUGGCCCAUUCCAUAAUCUCUAGCACCCAAAAAAAUAAAAAAUAAAAACAUGAACACAAUGGGUGCAGCCGGGGUUUGGGAGGAAGCCACCGCGAAAAUCGCCGGAUUCAUGUUCACCUGCAUCAUGUUCAACCAGCUCUUCCCCGAUUUCCUCCGCCGCUAUCUAGAGAGCCUCAAGGACAAGUUCGUCUUGUACUUUUUUCCUAACGUCGAAAUCACCUUCCACGAAUACUCAGGUUCCAAGCACAAAAUCAGCGAGGCCUACUCGCUCAUCGAGACCUACCUCAGUUCCAAGUCCCCCACGCAUUCCAACCGGAUCGUGGGCGAACUGGUCAGGAAGCGUGAAUCUGUCGUCCUCACCAUGGACGCUAGCGAAGAAAUUGUAGACGUUUUCGAUGGCGUUGAGGUCAAGUGGUUUCUAAAAGUUAAUCUUCCUAGUUCGAAGACGAUUUCAUGGGGUCCGUGCGACAUGGAGAAAAAGAGUUACGUGCUUUCGUUCCCCUGUAAAGAUAGGAAAGUGGUCACGAGAACGUAUUUAGAUUAUGUGAUGGGAGAGGGGAGGGAGAUCGCGGUCAGGAAUAGGCAGCAGAGGAUUUACACGAACAACCCGAGCGACAAUUGGUGGGAUUACAAGAAGAAUCUGUGGAGCCACGCGGUGUUCAAGCACCCUACCACGUUCAAGAGCCUCGCGCUUGAUCCGAAAUUCAAGGAGGAAAUCAUCGAUGAUCUCGCGACGUUUAGCAAAGGGAAAGAGUACUAUGAGAAAGCAGGGAAGGCCUGGAAGAGAGGGUACCUCCUUCACGGCCCUCCAGGCACCGGUAAAUCCACGAUGAUCGCUGCAAUAGCGAAUCUCCUCAGCUACGACGUCUAUGACCUCGAAUUAUCGGCGGUUCUUAGCAAUGCCACCUUAAAACGCCUCGUAAACAAAAUCCCCUGCAAUUCGAUUCUCGUGAUCGAAGACAUCGACUGUUCGAGCAGAAUCACUAACCAUAGGGAGAGAAAUACUCCUAAUCAGGGCGAGGAAAAAAAAGAGAAGAUACUAGAAACAGUAACAUUGUCCGGACUUUUAAAUUGCAUUGACGGGCUUUUCUCGGCAAACGACGGUGGGAGGCUAAUGGUUUUCACGACAAACCACGUGGAGGCAAUCGAUUCGGCGCUGCUUCGGAGGGGGAGAAUGGACAAACACAUCGAGAUGCCGUUUUGUGGGUUCGAGGCGUUUAAGGUUUUGGCGAAGAAUUACUUGGGGAUUGAGGAGCAUGAGCUGUUUGGCAAAAUCGAAGGGUUGUUGAAGGAGAGUAGUGUUACUCCGGCGGACGUGGCGGAGAACUUGAUUGCGAGGAGGGGGGAAGGGGAAGACUGUGGCGAUGACUGCUUGAAGAAAUUGAUCGAAGUUUUGGAGAAGAGUAUCCAACAAGUGUUGGACAAGAAAGGGGAAGGGAAAGGGAAAGGGAAAGGAGAAGAAAUUGAAUCAGAUCCAUCAUGUAUGUCUAGCUGAGAAAAUAUCACCUGAUCGGUCAUCAAUAGAUACAUUAACAAAUUGUAUAAAAUGGACUACGCAUGAUCAAAAUCAUGUGAAUCGUCCAGUUUAUUCAAAUUGGUAAUGUAUCGAUUGAUGACUGAUCAACAUCUUUGUUUUGAGGUUUCCUUUGAAUUGAUAGCAAUUGUUUUGGUUCACUAAUUACUACAAGACAAAUAUGUUGUUUUCAGUUAGUUCCAUGUGCUUGUUUUAAGUUAUCAACAAAAGUUAUGAUUGGUAAUGCC